AUGCGGACGCCGCGGGCAGCACCUGCGGCUCCUCUCGGCGGCGGCUGUCGCCUCAGCUGCAGCAUCGCGGCAACUUUUUGCGGAUUGUUCUUGCUUCCAGGUUUUGCGCUGCAAAUCCAAUGCUAUCAGUGUGAAGAAUUCCAGCUGAACAACGACUGCUCCUCCCCCGAGUUCAUCGUGAACUGCACGGUGAACGUUCAAGACAUGUGUCAGAAAGAAGUGAUGGAGCAAAGUGCGGGGAUCAUGUACCGCAAGUCGUGUGCAUCCUCAGCGGCCUGUCUCAUCGCCUCGGCCGGGUACCAGUCCUUCUGCUCCCCAGGGAAACUGAACUCAGUGUGCAUCAGCUGCUGCAACACUCCUCUUUGCAACGGGCCAAGGCCCAAGAAAAGGGGCAGUUCUGCCUCGACCCUCAGGCCGGGGCUCCCCACCACUGUCCUGCUCCUCAAAUUAGCCCUCUUCUUGGCACAUUGCUGA